ACUUGACAUGUACGUGUAGCGAUCGCCAUGCUGUACAUCGAUACCUCCUCCCCCCGCGACGUCCUCUACUGUACCUCCUUCCACCCUCCCACAGCGCGCUGACACCAACCGCCAAGGACCGCGCCACCGUGCCACCAUGUCUCGUUUCGUCAGGGCAUCCAAGUAUCGCCACGUCUUUGGCCAACAGGGUAAGAAGGAAUAUGGCUUUGACAAUGUCAAGGUGACCAACAGCGCCUGGGACACCAACCUCAUCGCCGCCUCGUCUCGCUACAUCAGUGUCAACUGGAACGCGUCCGGCGGCGGCGCGUUCGCAAUCCUCCCCCUCCCCUCCCCAUUCGAGCCUCUUCCCUUUGGCUUCCCGACCAAGCUCCCCGACCUCAUCCCUCUCGCCCGCUCCCACUCCGCCCCCGUCCUCGAUACCGACUGGUCGCCCUUCAACGAUGCCAUGGUCGCAUCCGCGGGCGACGACGGCAAGGUCAUGCUCUGGAAGGUCGAGUCUGCCGCGUUCGAGGGCUGGGGCACCGAGCACUGGGAGCCGCAGGACUUCGACCCCGUCCUCCGCAUCGACGUCUCGCCCCGCCGCGUCGGCCAGGUUCUCUUCCACCCGACCGCGAACAACGUCCUUGCAAGCACGACCAGCGAACAUACCGUCAAGAUAUGGGACCUCGAGAAGCCCGAGGCCCCGAGAGCCCUGCUCGGUGGGCAUGGCGAUGCAAUCCAGAGCCUGGCGUUCAACCCGAGCGGCAACCUGCUUGUGACGACCUGCAGGGAUCGCAAGAUCAGACUCUUUGACCCGCGUGUCAGUGGAGAUGCGGUCCGCGUUGCGGAGGGACACGGUGGUAUCAAGGGCGCACGUGUAGUUUGGAUGGGCGAGCGCGACAACAUCGCCACGACGGGCUUCAGCAAAAUGAGUGACCGUCAGAUCGCCAUCUGGGAGACCGGUGGACUGAGUAACAUCAAGAUGACGACGAUCGACCAGACGUCAGGCACUCUCAUGCCGUUCUGGUCAGACAACAACAUCCUGUUCCUUGCUGGCAAGGGAGAUGGUAACAUCCGCUACUACGAGUACGAGUCCGACCAGCUCUACGGCCUCGCGGAGCACAAGUCGUCCGACCCGCAGCGGGGCAUGUGCUUCCUCCCGCGGCGGGCGCUGAACGUCUCCGACUGUGAGAUCGCGCGUGCCUACAAGCUCUCCGGGUCCUCAAUAGAGCCCAUCGCGUUCAUCGUCCCCAGAAAGUCCGACUCCUUCCAGUCGGACAUCUACCCACCUGCGCCGUCGUCCGAGCCCGCACUCACAGCGGGCGAGUUCUUCAGCGGCAAGACCACCCCGCCGAACCUCGUCAGCCUCGACACGGGCGCGAUUACCGCGGGCGCGCCGCCCUCCGCCGUGCCCGUGCCCAGCGCGUCAGUGCCGACGAGGACCGUGAGCGCGCCGACGCCAACGUCCGUGUCCGUGCCGAGCAUCUCGGUAGAAACGACGCUUGCGCCCACGAGCGCGGCGGUGCGGAGGCCGGAGCCGAGCCCUGUCGCUACGCCUGUGGAGCCGAGGACGCCGCUGCGGAGCCAUUCGGGAGACGACGCGAGUGCGGUGAAGGAGGAGAACGCGCGGCUGACGGCGGAGCUGCGCGAGGCGCGGGCGCAGAUCCGGAAUCUGGAGCUGCAGGUGGAGAGCAUCAAGGCGAACGCGCGCAAGGCGGCGGCGCUGCUGGACAGCUGA